AUGGCGAAUCGUCUGACAAGGUGCUUCAAUUCCUGGAUACGAUUUUUACACGAGAAAUUCUUCUACGCGGUCGUCUAUGCCAUGCUCCACACGAGGUACGUUUCAAUCGUGCAGGCCGGAGCACCUCCUGGAGCAGCGCCAGGGGCACGACCAGGUGCAGCCCCAGGGGCGGCACCAGGAGCACGGCCAGGGGCAGCGCCUGGAGCCCCACCAGGUGCAGCACCAGGGGCUGCACCAGGAGCAGCUCCAGGAGCACGGCCAGGUGCAGCACCUGGAGCCCCACCAGGGGCAGCACCAGGAGCACGACCAGGAGCGGCUCCAGGAGCCCCGCCAGGGGCAGCGCCAGGAGCAGCACCGGGUGCAGCCCCAGGAGCGGCACCAGGAGCACGGCCAGGGGCAGCCCCCGGAGCAGCCCCGGGAGCGGCACCAGGAGCAGCGCCAGGAGCAGCGCCAGGAGCACGGCCAGGAGCAGCUCCUGGAGCAGGAGUAGGAGGAGCCUUACCCCCCGCAGCAGGAGUAGGUGCAGGGGCAGGGGUGGGAGCGGGGGUGGGUGCAGGGGUGGGCGCAGGAGUGGGAGCAGGGGUAGGAGCAGGAGUGGGUGCAGGGGUGGGUGCAGGGGUCGGGGCAGCAGCAGGCACAGGGGCGCAGCGCGGAGUGGGAGCAGCAGAGGGGACACCAGCCAGGGGAGGGGGUUCCUUGCCAGGAGCAGACGGGGCAGGGUAG